CAAGUCUCGUCUCUCUGUCCUUCCGCCUUUUCUAGAUCCCCAGCCCGUCUCCGCCCCCCCUUUGACCACGCCUCCUCCCCUGCCGCGCAGAUCCCAGAACGCUUCUGUGCGGGUGUUAGUAGGUCUGCUUGUGGCUGUCAACAGGACUUAUGGACGGGCAGCUGAGAUUCGACGGGCGGGUGGUGCUGGUCACCGGUGCGGGGGGAGGAUUGGGACGAGCUUAUGCACUGGCUUUUGCAGAAAGAGGUGCAUCAGUAGUUGUGAAUGAUUUAGGAGGGGACUUCAAGGGAGCGGGGAAAAGCUCCUCACCUGCUAAUAAUGUUGUUGAAGAAAUAAGAAAGAAAGGGGGGAAAGCUGUGGCUAAUUAUGAUUCUGUGGAAGCUGGAGAGAAGGUUGUAAAGACAGCACUUGAGGCUUUUGGAAAAAUAGAUAUUGUUAUAAACAAUGCUGGGAUCCUGCGUGACCGUUCCUUUGUUAGGAUAAGUGAUGAAGAUUGGGAUGUGAUUCAUAAAGUUCAUUUGCGGGGAUCAUUCCAAGUGACCCGGGCAGCAUGGGAUCACAUGAAGAAGCAGAAGUUUGGAAGGAUCAUUAUGACUUCUUCAGCUUCUGGAAUUUAUGGCAAUUUUGGUCAAGCAAAUUAUAGUGCAGCUAAACUUGGUCUUCUGGGUCUUUCAAAUACACUUGCAAUUGAAGGCAGGAAAUUCAACAUCCAUUGUAAUACUAUUGCACCUACUGCUGGAUCCCGAAUGACUAAAACUAUUUUGCCACCAGACCUGCUGGAUUCUUUGAAGCCUGAUUAUGUGGCUCCCCUUGUACUUUGGCUAUGUCAUGAGAGCUGUGAAGAGAAUGGAGGCUUAUUUGAGGUUGGAGCAGGCUGGAUUGGGAAAUUACGCUGGGAACGAACUCUUGGUGCCAUCGUCAGGCAGAAAAAUCAGCCAAUGACACCUGAGGCAGUAAAGGCUAACUGGAGGAAGAUCUGUGACUUUGACAAUGCUAGCAAACCUCAGACUAUCCAAGAGUCAACAGCAGGUGUGAUUGAAGUCCUAAGUAAAAUAGAUUCUCAAGGAGAGAUUUCCAUGAAUCAUACAAGUCAUGCUGCAUCAGCAACCACAUCUGAUUUUACUAGAGCCAUUGGCUAUAAGCUGCCUCAGCGGACCUUUUCUUAUACUGAACUUGAAGCUAUUAUGUAUGCCCUUGGAGUGGGUGCAUCAGUUAAGCAUCCAGAAAACUUAAAAUUUGUUUAUGAAGGAAGCUCAGAUUUCUCCUGCUUACCUACCUUUGGCGUCAUCCCAGCUCAGAAAUGUAUGAUGGAAGGAGGACUCUCAGAAGUCCCAGGACUUAAUAUAGACUUUGCAAAGGUACUUCAUGGUGAACAGUAUUUGGAAUUGUAUAAACCACUUCCGAGAACAGGACAAUUAACCAAUGAAUCCAUUAUUGUCGAUAUCUUGGAUAAAGGAUCAGGAUUAGUGAUACUUCUGGAUGUUUAUUCCUAUAGUGGGAAAGAGCUUAUAUGCUUUAAUCAGUUCUCUGUCUUCGUGGUUGGCUCUGGAGGAUUUGGUGGAAAGAAAACAUCAAAUAAAGCCAAGGUAACUGUACCACCACCUAAGAGAUCACCUGAUGCUGUACUCGUAGAUACUACCUCACUCAAUCAGGCUGUCUUAUAUCGGCUCAGUGGAGAUUGGAAUCCUUUACACAUUGAUCCUAGUUUUGCCAGUCUUGGAGGCUUUGACAAACCCAUAUUACAUGGCCUUUGUUCAUUUGGAUUUUCAGCUAGGCAUGUUUUACAGCAAUUUGGAAAUAAUGAUGUGUCUAGAUUCAAAGCAAUUAAGGCCCGCUUUGCAAAACCAGUAUAUCCAGGACAAACUCUGUUAACAGAAAUGUGGAAGGAAGGAAACAGAAUUCACUUUCAGACCAAGGUCCAAGAAACUGGAGACAUUGUCCUUUCAAAUGCAUAUGUGGAUCUUGUACCAACAUCUGAUUUCUCAGCUACAGUAUCUUCUAAGGAUGGAGUGCUUCAGAGCACUCUUGUUUUUGAGGAAAUUGGUCGUCGCAUCAAAGAUCUUGGAAAGGAACUGGUGAAGAAGGUAAAUGCUGUAUUUGAAUGGAAUAUCACUAAACAAGGACAAACUGCAGCACAAUGGACUAUUGACCUAAAAAAUGGCUCUGGAGAAUUGUAUCAAGGCCCUGCAAGAGGUUCUGCUGACACAGCCUUCACUCUUUCAGAUGAAGACUUCAUGGAGGUUGUUUUGGGCAAGCUUAAUCCUCAAAAGGCUUUCUUUAGUGGCAAACUUCGGGUCAAAGGCAACAUCAUGCUGAGCCAGAAGCUAGAGAUGAUUCUUAAAGACUAUGCCAAGCUUUGAAGGGUCUGUCACUUUCCAGAGAUGAGGAAAAGAAUUGAGAUUUCUUUCCAACAAAGCUUUUGUGAUUAUAUGAUAGAAAUCUUUAAAACUAAGUUGAUGGAAAAACAUUUAACAGUUUCAUAAGAGAUACUACUUUAUUCAAAUUUUAAUUUUCCACUAAUUUGUCAUUUGAUUGUUGCAGUUGCUAGAAAUGGAUUUGAAGGUGCAUUGCAUAAAUCAUAUGCUUCUGUUCUUAGAUCUGUUUUUCUUCAUAAUAUUAAUUUUUCACCCCAAAAGAGUCUCUUUAUGUCUUAAAAUAAUGUUUAUAUUGAAAGAAAAAUUAAAUCAUUUAAAAAACC